UCAUACGCAUUUGUAACAACAUGAAAUUUUAUUUUUCUAAUUAAUUUAUUUAAUAAUAUGCUCACCCCUUCAUAUGGGUAUUUAUACUGUAUUACGUUAUCAUGACAGAGUAUCACAAAUCUGUUCCUAAUGUAUUGUUCUGUCUGCUGAUAGAAAAGUUUUCCCUAUUUUAAAAAUACUUACAUUUUUAUAUCACAAAGCUGUAAUGUUGAGUGGUAGUUUAUUAUGUACAAUUCUAAAGGUUGAUGCCCUUUGUCCCCUUAAAGAUUGUUGAAUGAACUUUCCCUCGUAUAUGAAUGUGCUUGAAUGCAUAGUGAAGUUAAGAGAGAUAAAUCACUGCUCGCACCUGUAGCUGCUUGACUAAUAUUGGACUUAACUCAAGUUUAGCCGGUAAUGAUAGUGCAUGCUGAAUAACAGGUACAAUGAACGGACAGGAUUAUCUGAUGUUUGGUCCAGUUUUCUUAACCCUCCUGGUGAUGACUGUCCCAGUUGUUCAGAGCGGGAAUGUUCUUGUCUUUCCUGUAGAGGGCAGUCACUGGGUCAACAUGAACAUCUUGAUUGAGGGUCUUCACUCUAAAGGUCACAAUAUCACAGUCAUCCGGAUGUCAGACAGCUGGUACGUCAAAGAAUCUUCACCUCAUUACACAUCAAUCACUGUGAAGACUGCAGGAGGAUUUGAUGAAGAAUUCUUUAAGGUGUUUGCAUCAAAUCUGCUAAACAUUUUAAGGGACGGCUCCACUUGGGCUCGCCUGAAACUGGAGAUAGAAAUGUGGCAAACUAUUUCAGAGAGGACUGCAGUAGUAAUUGAUCUAAUAGUCAAGAUGUUAGAAGACCAGCAGCUAAUACAGUCCCUAAAAGAGAGCAAAUAUGAUUUGAUUCUUACAGAUCCAGCCAUGUUUGGAGGUGUAAUAUUGGGUCAUUAUCUUAAACUGCCCAUGGUCUACAAUGUCCGGUGGACUUUGUUUAGUGAGGCGCAUUUUGCAAUAGCCCCUUCACCACUUUCUUAUGUACCUUUGCCAAUGAUUGAGUUAUCAGACCACAUGAGUUUCUUUGAAAGAGUGAAGAAUAUUUUGAUGUAUACUAUAACUCAAACACAGUUUGCUCUCAUUAUUGCUCCACAAUAUAAUGCACUAUGUGAACGCUUCAUUGGGCCAGGAACAUCUUACUUAUCCUUAGUUCAGGGUGCUGAUUUGUGGCUCCACAGGGUUGAUUUUAUUUUCGAAUUUCCACGUCCCACUAUGCCAAACAUCAUCUACAUGGGUGGCUUUCAGUGCAAGCCAUCAAAGCCUCUUCCGAAAGAUCUCGAGGACUUUGUGCAGAGCUCUGGUGAUCAUGGUGUCAUCGUCAUGUCUCUGGGCACUCUCAUUGGUCAACUUCCUGAUGAUGUGGCAGAGGCCAUUGCUGAAGCUUUUGCUGAACUUCCACAGAAGAUCAUCUGGAGGUACAAAGGAAGGAGACCAUCUGCAUUGGGAAACAACACCUUAAUAAUGGACUGGAUACCUCAGAAUGAUCUUCUGGGUCAUCCUAAAACCAGAGCUUUUGUGGCUCAUGGUGGAACCAAUGGAGUCCAAGAAGCUAUCUACCAUGGGGUACCAAUCAUUGGAUUUGGACUCAUCUUUGACCAGCCUGAUAAUCUUUCAAAGAUGAGAGUGAAGGGUGUAGCCAAGACCGUAGACUUUGCCACAGUGGAUAAGGACUCCUUUCUAGAAACUGUCAAGGAGGUUCUUUAUAAUCCCAAUUAUCGGGAGAACAUGCAGAGACUCUCGAGACUUCACAGAGACGUUCCAGUGAAGCCUCUGGACAACGCCAUCUUCUGGAUUGAGUUUGUCAUGAGGCACAAAGGUGCCGCUCAUUUACGCACAGAGUCGUACAAAAUGCCCUGGUACUCGUAUCACUCCGUUGAUGUCAUGCUGUUCCUGCUGUCUGCUGUGUCACUCAUAAUGCUGACCACAUAUGUGCUUAUCAGAUAUUUAUGCUGCAGAAUAUGUAGGAGAAAAAACAAACUGGAAUGAUUUUUUUACAUUUAGUUAAAUUUACAAUUUGUGUGUUUUACUACAGAUAUAUCAUACAGGAAACUUUCAUUUGCUUUUGUCCUUGAUAAAUAUUGAAUGUUUCACUGUCGGUCUUUGGUGAUUUUUGCCAGUCAGGAUCAUCUUCAAGUUCAUUGUUUAUUUGUAGUUAAUAUCUAAUUUAAUGGAUAAGCAUUGUCCUACACAAUAUGUAAGGAUAAUGUAGAGGCAGCCGGUAGUUAUCGGGAAAUAAGCCCCGACAGUGUGAUCA